GACAGGAAGAACCUUAAAACGUCUUUUUAGUUUGAGGGGUUUCGCUUUGAAGCUUCUAUUUUUCCGCUAUAAAGUGGCGCAAAUGCAGAGCUGCGCAGAUCCGCAGUGCGCCGCUGCGCUGCAGCUUCCGGAGCCUCUGGUGUCGCUGGUGUCACGAUGGAGGAGCAGCAGGGAUCCGCCGCUGCGUGAACACCUCGCCGCCCUGCGUGUUCCCGCCGCCGCCUCGCCAACUUCGCUCUGCAGCGGUGAGAGAGAGGCGCGUGCUGUUUGCAGGUUCGGGCUUGCGCAGUUGAAGAGCGCGCGGCGCCUGCGGAUCACUGCGGGUGUCAUUUCGUUCAGCGGUUUUGGCUCUAGCGGUUCAGCACCGCGGACAGCUCCUCGUAAGAAACCGUGUGUUUGCUUCGUGCUCAGGCCCGAUUACCCAACCGAACCGGAACCGGAGACACCUGAGAGGAGAGGACCGCCGCCAGAAUGAAGCACUUCUUGAGGGUUUUCACGCAGUUCUUCGUGUUCCUCUACUGUAAAUGUCUGUGGAGGGGCCUGAAGCUGGUGGUCCGGAAGUUCACGGGCCGCUGUGAGCUGCAGCGGAUCUGCUACAACAACAAGCCGGGAGCUCGCAGGACUCAGAAGAUUGAGUCGUCCCUGCGUUACUCCAAAAAUGAGCUGAUGCAGUCUGCCCUCAGCAUCCACCCUGACAAGGUGGAGAAGACCGUUGACGACAUCAUGGCCUUGAAGAAGAUCAACCCGGACACCAACCCACAGCUCGGCAUCUCUCUGCAGGCCAGCUUGCUGCAGAUUGUGGGCUACAGGAAUCUGGUAGCGGAGGUGGAGAAGCUACGCCGGGAACCCUACGACUGUGAAAACGCAGAGCACGAGGAAAUGCUGAUGAAGCUCUGGAAGGAGCUGCGUCCCGACACCCCCCUGACCAGCCGCAUCUCUAAGCAGUGGUGUGAGAUCGGAUUCCAAGGCAGCGACCCCAAAACUGACUUCAGAGGCAUGGGCCUUCUGGGCCUGCACAACCUGCUGUAUUUCGCUGAACAUGACAAGUCUGCAGCUCUGCAGAUGCUCCAGGACUCCCUGCAGCCCAAGCACAAGACCACUCACAGAAUGCCAAGCGAGGGGAACAAGCCUGAAUGGGAGCAGAAAAACUUUGACAAAGCUAUCGGAUAUUCGUUUGCCAUCGUGGGCAUCAACAUCACCGACCUGGCCUACUCCCUGCUGGUGAGCGGCGCUCUGAAGACCCACUUGUACAACGUGGCUCCAGAGAUGCCCAACCUGCAGCAUUUCCAGCAGACCUUCUGUUACCUGAUGCAGGAGUUCCAGCGUUUCUGGAUCGAGGAGGAUCCCAGCGACAUCAUGGAGUUCAACCGCGUUCGCUCCAAGUUCCACCGGAGGAUCCUGCGCCAGCUCAAGAACCCAGACAUGGCUCUGUGCCCCCACUUUGCUGCCUCCGACCUGCACCUGGUUAACCUCUAGAUCCACCGCCACCUUUGCUGACCCCACGCGAGUCUCCGCCGGCCGGGUGUUCAGCAGGCCAAUGACGGAUCAGCAAACCCCUUCACACAUUCAGCUGGUUGCUCAAACUGCUGGACACACCCAAGGAGACCCUUUCUCCUCCGCUUAGCACAUCCCAUCCCAGCUAACACCAUGUUUGUCACUGCCAGGAGCUCACAACACACACACACACACAACCAAACCUCAUGUGAGUCUUAAAGUCUGAGUAAAGCAGAAGUAGUGCUUUGAAAACAGAUUUAACUGUUACAGUAAUUUUGCAUUAUAGUGAGUGAAGUCUGACUUUAAUGAGCAGCUCAGCGGUUACCUGUUGAACUGAUGUGACUUCAGCUUUAAAAGUUACAUUUUACAAUACUUAAGUGGUAGAUCAAGGUCCUGCAAGUAUUAGGCCGUAUUUAAACCAUAUUCUUGUUACAUUGAGCAUUGGCUAAUUCUUUGCUCCAUUACUUUAUUUAAGGCUAAAUGUUUUUUUUAUCAACUUAUGGAUCACAUAACCUCAGAACUAAAAAACUGGGUUGAAAUGAUUUUCACUGCAGAAAAGCCCAGCAGAGCCCCUGGGUUAUAGCUAACAGUGUUCUGCUAAAAGGUCUAAAAGUGUUUAACUGAAAGCGCUUACAUCAUUUAGCUAAAAGCGCUUAGCUAAAAGCCUUUAUUCAAAAGCAUUUUGAUAAAAACGCUAAUUAAGCAUUGGGCUAAAACUGCUAAAAGCAUUUACUUAAAAGUGUUUAGCUGACAGCGCUAAAAGCAUUUAGCUAAAAGCAUUUAGCUAAAAGCAUUUAGCCAAAAGCGUCGAGGUAAAAGCGGUUAGCUAAAAGUGGUAAAACCAUUUAGUUAAAAGCAUUUAGCGGAACGUGCUAAAAAUGUUUAGCUAAAAGCGCUAAAAGUCCAUCCAUCCAUCUUCUUCCGCUUAUCCGGGUCGUGGGGGCAGCAGUAAAGAAAGAAAAAGAAGAAGAAAAGUCCCACUUUCUGUCACAAACCUAGGUGUGCGAAAUUUGUUCUCCACAUUUCACCCCUCCCCUGGGGGAGCGUGAGCUGCAGAGGAGUCGCGUCGGGAGGCAGCAGCGUGGGGGAUGUUAAUUGCUCACCAUUGAUGUGGUAAUUGCCCCCAGUACCAUUGUUUACUCCCCUCCGGAUUCCUGCUUGGCAGCCUUUUACCUUACCAACCGAGCUACCCAGCCGCUACAAAGAUGCCCCUCGCCCCGGCCACUUCCUGCAGCUCCUCUGGGGGGACCCUGAGGCCCCAGGCCAGCCGUGAGAUGCAGUCUCUCCAGCGUUUCCUGGGUCUUCCCGGGGGCCUCCACCAAGUGGGACCUGCACGUAACACCUCCUUAGGGAGGCGUCCAGGAGGCAUCCGGACUACAUGCCCCACCUUAACUGGCUUCUCUGGAUGUGGAGGAGAAGCGGUUUUAUUACAUUUUCUGGGGUUUGGUGUCUUGCUCAAGGACACUAAGGAACACCAGGGUUUUAAACUACUGACCAACCAAUUGACAGAAGACUGCUUAAUAUAGUACAGCUAGUCUCUAAGACUCUAAGUUAGAUAAUGGUUCUAGCUUGUGAAAUAUGUCUAAAAUGCUCCAAUAAAACCGUUGUUUUACUCAGACUCUAAACUUCUAGUAUUAACCAUCUAAUGAAUAAUGGGACUCUGUUCUUCAGGGGGUCGGGUCUCUAAAAUCUGAGUGUCAACAUUAAAAGAAUUGAUAAAAACAGAGAAACGCACUGCCUCAACGCCCUCACCACAGCGUCAAACCACCAGCAUUAGAUACGACCAUAGCGAUUGUAGUGCAUGAAGGGGCCGCACCGCAUGAUCAUGACCAGUUAUUGUUGCUUUAAUGAUUGUACCACAGCUUUUACACCUCAGUUAUGAACCACUUUGCUUGUUUUACUAAACCAAAUGUAACUUCUCAACCAAAAAUAUAUGAAAAAAAUCACAAAUUAGAAACACUUAGUUUUUUCAUCUUUCUGCAUGACCUAAAUUGCUUUGAUUUAAAAAAAAAGGAUCAAUGUAUAUAUAAGAAGCUAAAUAGGUGUAAGGUUUACAUUGUAUUGGUUGGCGCUAAUUCAAUCAAAUAUAAGGAAGGAACUACAUUUCAGUGCUUCGUCUUUAUUAGCAGGCAGCUUAGAUUGUCACAAACAUUUCAUCUCUUGGCCAAAAAAAAAAAAACUGAAACAAAAAAAGAAUGAGACGUUUAUCGCAGCAGCUGUUUGUUAGUGGUGAACUCAAACCUGCGAGAGCCACAUGCACAUCAACUAUUUGUCUGCGGGUUUGCAGUUUUUGCCUUCAUUUUGUUACGAUUCUGUUCUGAAUGUUCAUCCGAUUGUGUUAUUGAUUUGUUCACUGAAUGUGACACUGUGUGCCAGCCAAAGCAAUAAUUUUACCUUUGAUUCACGGCUUCUCUCUUUAAAUGUGUUUUUUGUGCCGCGCGUGCCUGAGUACUUUUUGCUUUCUAUCUCAGAGCUGUAAUGCUAAUCACCUAAAGGCUUCUUUGAAUGAACAGUAGGAAGGGCUUCACUUGAACAGAGGAAGAAACGACAGCAAAGGCCAAAAACAGAACAGAGAAGAUGUUGAAUGUUAAAGUUAGAGUCUUGAUUUAUCAGUUAAGACUUUAAUUAAAUGAGUCAACACGUGAUUAAAAACCCACAUAACAAAGAAAAGUGUUCUACAACAACAAUAUAACCUUGAAACUUUCAUACAUUUUGACUGAAAAUAGAUUAAGAACCACUAUUCUGUCUUUCCAAUAAAAAUAACCUUCCCUCUUUUAAAAUAAUGAAGUUAGAAUGAGAGUAAAUCCAACCCUAAUAGGUUACCAUUAUCUUUAUUUUUUAUAUGUCUAUACGUAAUAAUUUGUGGUACCAACUGUUGCAAUUGUAUUUUAAAGUAUUUUUUUUCCGUAGCAACUGACACUUUUUCACAAAUGUUUUAAAGAAUCAACAAUUGAAUUAAGUUUGGAUUUUUAGGACAGGCUUGUUACAAGAAAAUGUUUUUUAAUUACUUUAAAGUGUGCAAACUCAAAAUGUCUGAAAUUAUGUCAUGAGUCUUAAGUAAGAAGUUAAUCCAGUGAACAAAAAACAAACCGUGUACCAUGUAUUUCAAACAACAAUUAUUAAUUUUGCACAAAUAUUUAGUGGUAAAACAUAAAGAAACCAAAUGUGAUUCCCAGUAGAAAAAAGGGUAUUUUAUCAAAAGCAGAACUUUGAUUGUCAUUUGAGCUCUGAGUCACAUUCAUUUCUCAUCAAAUGUUAUCCUAAACAUCCUAAACAUGUGUUCUUCAGUGCUGCUUCUCUUCUACACACGAUCGCUGUGUUUAACGUUGGUUCACAUAAUGCACGACAUCUAAAAUCUGAAGUAUCGCCACCGUUUUACUGCCAUGCCUGCACUGUUGACUGUGCUUCAGUAGACUUGUACCUUUUUAGAUCCUUUAAAUUGAAGGUAAAAGCUCUUUGUCAGUAUUAUUCCGAUGUUUUUUCUUCGAUGUCUGCACUGCUUUCAUCUCUUGCUUGCAGUUUGUAUUUUCUUUGAAGGUAAUAGAAUAGAAAUGUGUUGUGGAAGUAGAUCCAGCAACACUGUAGACAACUUCUGCUUCUACUGCUGCGUGUUGAUCAUUCCAUCUGCUUGAUAUUUUCACUCUCACUCACUGCUGUUGCUCUCUAGAUUCCUUAGUUAAGUAAUCCUGAGUAUUGUUACACUGUGUUUCAAUUAUUCGUGUUGUACUUUUUAAAAGUUCAAGAAAAUAAAAAACUCUAGAAAGUUAA